GCGUGUGUCGUCUCCCCUCCGCCGGCUACUGAAUCGGAAGUUCGGGGCGGUAGUUGAGUGAGAUGGGGAACGGCGGGCGGAGCGUGCUGCGGCCGGGGAAGGGGGAUGCAAAUGGUGUGGCAGAGACUCCUGGUGCUGCCUCAGCCUCCUGCCAGUACCGGUGCAUCGAAUGCAACCAGGAGGCCAAAGAGUUGUACCGAGAUUAUAACCACGGUGUGCUGAAAAUAACUAUCUGCAAAUCCUGCCAGAAACCUGUAGACAAAUAUAUUGAGUAUGAUCCUGUUAUCAUCUUGAUUAAUGCUAUUUUAUGCAAAGCCCAGGCCUACCGACAUAUUCUUUUUAAUACUAAAAUAAAUAUCCAUGGAAAACUCUGCAUGUUUUGUUUGCUUUGCGAAGCAUAUCUGCGGUGGUGGCAGCUUCAAGAUUCCAGCCAGAACCCUGCCCCUGACGACUUGAUCAGAUAUGCUAAGGAGUGGGAUUUCUAUAGAAUGUUUGCCAUCGCCUCUUUAGAACAAACUGCCUUUUUUAUUGGCAUUUUCACUUUCCUGUGGGUAGAACGGCCCAUGACGGCAAAAAAAAAGCCCAACUUGGUUUUGCUGCUGAAAGCAUUGCUAUUGUCCAGCUACGGAAAACUCUUGCUGAUCCCAGCUGUCAUUUGGGAGCAUGACUACACACCUCUGUGCCUCAGGCUCAUUAAAGCAUUCGUCCUCACAUCAAAUUUUCAGGCUAUUAGAGUGACCCUGAACAUCAACCGCAAGCUCUCUCUGUUGGCCAUCUUGAGUGGCUUACUACUAGAAAGCGCCGUGGUCUGCUUCUUCCAGAGGAUGGAAUGGGACGUUGGAAGUGAUUGUGCCAUCUACAAAUCUCAGGACUUCUGAGGAGUCUUAUUCUCUAGUACCUGUGGCAUGACCAGCUGCAUGUGAAAACGAGAAGACAUGAAAUAUAAACCAAGAUCCUCAUUUCUGAUGAGUAAAAGGAAGUAGAGAUUUGGGAAUUCUUCCUGAAGAAAAGCAAUGGUGGUAGCAGUGGAUACUCAGCCCUUCCCACCUACCCCAGUGGAUACUCAGCCCUUCCCACCUACCCCAGUGGAUACUCAGCCCUUCCCACCUACAUCCAAGAAACAACCGAGCUCUUUACGUGCAGACGCAGACACACAUAGACCCAAGGGCUGUAGUGCAGGGACUGACGUGUGUAGCAGGUGAAGGUUUAUGUUCUAGACAACACCAGGUAAGCACGUCUACUUCACACACAGUAAGAUGCAGGUUUCAUUCUUUGGACAUGUUUAUCUUUUUGAUGGAAAUAUUGUUAUUGGCUUAAAAGAAUAUGUUGUGUUCUUAUAAUAAUAAAGAUACUUUCUUCUUAAUAAAGUCUUUCAGAA